CGCGAUGCCACGCGGUGUCUAAUAAUACAGCGCGUCGCGUGAGUGCCUGAGGAAGACGGUUCAUAUUACUGAUGCCUGCUUGCCGAUGCCAGUUACGGGUCGGCAAUCGCUAACUUGAAGGAAGUUAUCUGGAGAUAUGACGCCCACUGCGAAGUAUAAGGUUGCGCAUUCGAAAAAACUUGGAAGAUAUCUCGUAACAGCUAAAAACAUAGCAGCGGGAGAAGUUAUAAUUCGAGAGGAACCGAUCGCGGUCGGUCCGAUGGUGUACAAGAAGGAUUGUUUCUGCUUUGCCUGUAUGCGCACGUUACCAAAAAUUAGCGAGGGAAGAUACGUUUGUUCCAGAUGUAACUUUGCACCGCUGUGCAGCGUAGCAUGCGAGGUGCGAACGAAUCAUCACACGACUGAAGAAUGUCAAAUAUUUAGAGACAAUCGAGAUCUACUGGCAGAGAGCAAAAUUGAUGCGGCAGGAAUUUUACUGGCCUUGCGGCUAUGGAUAAUAAAACACAAGAAUUCAGUUGUGUGGGAGAAAAUAGAUUGUAUGGAGACUCAUUUGGAUAAGAGGAUCGACACGCCCGUCUGGAGGGACAGACAAGUCAAUGUCGUAGAUGCAAUCCGAAGGCUUCGCGUGCCCACUGAGAUUGAGCCGCCGAGCACGGAGUUAAUGCAGAAAUUGUGCGCAAUUUUGGAUGUGAAUGCCUUCGAGUUGCGAUCACCUGGCGCCGUUGACGGUCUUCUUCUACGAGGUCUAUACAUCGAGGCGACUCUGAUGGCUCACGACUGCAGGGGCAACACUCAUCUCACCGUGGACGACAAUUUCCAGCUGACUGUUUACGCGAGCGUGACGAUCAAACAGGACGAACCUAUCCUUUUCAAUUAUACCUCGUCGCUGCUGGGUACGGCUGACAGGAAAGAUCAUCUUCGAGAGGGAAAGUACUUCGAAUGCGAAUGCUCUCUAUGUACAGACCCAUACGAAUUGCAGUCGCAUUUGAGUAGCGUGUUAUGCCCGCGUUGUAAAAAAGGAUUCGUAGGCAUACAAGAUACGUCCAUCGUCGAUCCGUACGAGCGCAGUCGAUGGCAAUGCCAGAUGUGCAAGAGGACCUAUGGCGGUCGUCUUAUCAGAGCUACGUUGAACAUAUGUAGAACACUUAUCGAUGAAUGUGAGGAGGACGCUGACAUAAAAAGAAUAGAUGACUUGCUUAAAAAAUUAUCCCGAUCGCUGCAUACCAAUCAUUUUCUAAUAUUGUCUUUAAAGCAGAAAUUGUUGACGGCCUGUAGAAAAGAAAUAACAUCUCCCAAUCCUCAGAAAAAGGUUGUGCAAAAGAUGUUGGAUACGUGCAAGGAAGUCUAUAAUGUCUUAGAUAUAGUAGAACCGGGCAUAUCGCGUUUAAAAGGCAUAAUGUUGUACGAGAUGCAUUUGCCUAUAAUAAUAUUGGCGAAUCGAUCUUAUUCUGCGCGUGAGAUCUCUUCAACGCAGUUGGCUUGUCAACUGGAAGAAGCCAGAGAUCUUCUAAAGAAAGCUCUGACUAUGCUUCUUUUGGAACCGCCGACCACGCCAGAAGGGAAAUUGGCUAAGAGAGCGCUGGAAGAAUUACGGACGUUAAAUCAGAAUAUAAGCGACGUUAAAUCCUUACCGCUGGAAGAGCCCAAAGUCCAUGUGCGUAAAACGAGAGAACAUCGUAAAAAAAUCAAAUGACAUCUCGUCCGAUUCAUUAUUUCUAAAUUUGAAAAAUGGUUAUUUUUCUCAUAAAAAAUG